AUGGGAUACGUCGGCGUCUCUCUCAUUAUCGGCGCCGUCGUCUACUUCAUCGCCCGUCCGCCAAGGUCGUUUGUCGACUAUCUCCGGUCGUUAUGGCUGGCCACCCCACAGCUGCCGCCGUCUCCGAACGCGGAGCGGAAGACCGAUGAGAAGCGGAAUCCCGGCGACGAGAGCACAGUUCCGCUCGUAAAGGAGGCGGCGUCACCAAAACCACCGCAGCUGGGUGAUGCACCAAUCGAAAAGACAAAGGAUGUGCCAAAAUCACCACCAUCGAUAACUGCAAGCAAGGACACAGAGGAAGACGAUGUAGCGACCACGCCCAAGGCCUCGGCAGCGCCGGCAACCGCUGCGGCACCUGUUCCGAGCUUCUCCCUUUCUAGCUCUGACGAAGACAGCAUCGCCCCAGCUGCACCACCUCUUCAGGCACCUCCCGCGGCACCCUCGCUAUCCGCACCGAACAAACUCCCCCAACCGGGCCUCAUGGCGCCGCCCCCGCGCCCAGGGACAAUGGCACCCCCUCCACGGCCGGGCGCAAUGGCGCCUCCGCCGGCGCGACGCUCCCUCGGUGCACCACAGCCGCCUCGCCUCCCGCCACUGACGCAAUCCUCGCCGUCGGCAUCCUCGCUGUCGCGCUCGACGCUGCCGAUCCCCAGCCGCGGCCCGCCGGGAUCUUCCUCGCUCGCCCCACCGCCGACGCAUACCAACGCGCCCGCACCCUCCCGGUCCCGCCUCGUAGCCCUCGCACCGGGCCACUCGCCGCUCGACUGGGCGCGCAUCUCGGGCCCCAACGCGGACCUGCGCAACCUGCCGCCAAGCACGCCGUACCUGCGCGUGUCGCCGUCCAUGCUCAAGCGCCGCAACGGCCGCAAGGGUGCAGACGCCUGGAGCGUCUACAGCGGCCGCGUCUACAACGUCACGCCGUACCUCAAGUUCCACCCGGGCGGCGAGGGCGAGCUGCUCAGGGGCGCCGGCAAGGACGCCACCAAGAUCUUUGGCGAGGUCCACCCCUGGGUCAACUAUGAGACCAUGCUCGCCGCCUGCCUGGUCGGCGUCGCGGUCGGCGAGGGGGAGGGGUCCGAGGACGUCAAGCCCGGUGGCGAGGAGCGUGUGAGCGCAAUGGAGGAGAUGGACUGA